GGUGGCAAAUUCCAUCCGAAGAGUGUUCAUCGCAGAGGUCCCCAUCAUAGCCAUCGACUGGGUCCAGAUAGACGCCAACUCCUCCGUGCUCCAUGACGAAUUCAUUGCACACAGGCUGGGUCUCAUCCCGCUCACCAGCGAUGACAUCGUGGAUAAGAUGCAAUAUUCCAGAGACUGCACGUGUGAUGAGUUCUGCCCGGAGUGCUCUGUGGAGUUCACCCUUGAUGUCCGGUGCAACGAAGACCAGACUCGUCACGUCACAUCCCGCGAUCUCAUCUCCAACAACCCCCGUGUCAUUCCGGUAACAUCUCGGAGCAGAGACAACGACCCCAAUGACUACGUGGAGCAGGAUG